UAUAGUUACGCCAUCUUUCUUACUUGUAUUCUUAAUUCUGCAAUAAAUUCUAAAUACGCUUUAAUUCUAAUCGAACCGAGCACCAAAUGGACUUGAAUGUGUGAUGUGAUGUUAAUAUAAACGAAAGACGUUUGAGUUUUCGCAUGUUACGUAAGCCGUGGCUUGAAGAAGAUUCGACAUAUAAGACGUAAGAGAAUGGUCUUCUCUCGUACGAGAACCCCAACUACCACUUGGAUCCGUCACGAGUCGAGUCUGCGAUCUAUAGCGAGCUUUACGACAUGCAUGACGACAAAGCCCAGGACGACUACGAGACAUAUCUCGACAACAGACGAGUGGAAGACGAAGCGUCCUCGCCAAUAGGCAAAGUGAAUGAGAAGAGCGGCCUAAUCACGCCGCCCCAAAACAGUGGGGAGGAAUCGCCCCCUCCCGAGAAAGAAAGGGCAGAUAGAGAAGACUCAGAAAAAAGCCACAAUGGCUCCCUGGGCCCCGUGCCUCACUCCACAGAGGGACCCAACGAUGACCUCUACGCUAUACCUGUCAAGUUGAGGCCCAAAAAAGAGGUUCUACCUCCAGGCUGGGAGAAACAUGAAGACAAUGACGGUCCAUAUUAUUGGCAUAUAAAAAGCGGAACAAUCCAGAGGGAAAUCCCUAAAAUGCCUCCGAACGAUGCCAGGGAUUCCCGUAUUUCCAUGGUAAUGGAUUGUACAAACCGCUCAGAUAUGAAGUUCGACGGGCCCAUGACCACUUCCGUCACCAGAAGUACCACAAGCGGCGCCCUCGCGGAUCACGUGGAUGAUGAAAGGAAGCGGAAGGAAGAAGUCGCGUAUAAACGCCGCAGUUACCCAGCACGCCCUGACGCCGAAGGUCGUUCCGUCCGGUUCUUCGUCCGGUCAUUGGGCUGGGUGGAGAUUUCAGAGUCUGACCUGACUCCGGAGCGCUCGAGCCGGGCCGUCAACAAGUGUAUCGUGGACUUAAGUCUGGGACGCAACGAUUUGCUAGACCAAGUUGGACGUUGGGGAGAUGGUAAGGAUCUGUUCAUGGACUUGGAUGAUGGAGCACUGAAGCUGAUCGAUCCUGAAAGCCUGAAUACCCUUCACACCCAGCCCAUACACACAAUACGGGUUUGGGGAGUCGGCAGGGAUAACGGACGGGAUUUCGCUUACGUGGCACGUGACAGAGUGACCCGCAAGCACAUGUGCCAUGUGUUUCGCUGCGAGGCCCCCGCGCGUUCCAUCGCCAACGCUUUGCGGGACAUCUGUAAGAGAAUCAUGAUAGAGAGGUCCUUGCAACCGCCUCCACGACCCACCGACCUGCCGUCGGCCAGGAGACCCAGACCACUCUCAGGAGCUUCAUUCCCAACUCCCAUGGAGGAGCCCCGCAAGACGGUACGAGCUCGAUACCUGGGUAGUGCGGAGGUUCCCCGUGCCACUGGUAUGGACGUCCUCAAUGAUGCUCUGGAGCGACUGGCGGCAGCACGAGCGCCCUCCGCUUGGAGACCUGUCGCAGUAGCUGUGGCACCAUCCAUGAUCACCAUCACUGAGGAAGGAGAAACAACUCCGAUUGUGGAGUGUCGGGUUCGGUACCUGUCCUUCCUGGGGAUCGGACGUGACGUCAGGCGGUGCGCCUUCAUCGUCCACACGCCCCAGGACGUUUUCAUCGCACACGCCUUCCACGCUGAACCUAGCUCCGGAGCGCUCUGCAAGACUAUCGAAGCUGCUUGUAAGCUUCGCUACCAGAAAUGUCUGGAUGCGCACGGCGGCUACUCGGCUAUGGGAAGCGUGUGCAGCGUGACGAGUGCGAGCGGGACAACAACAGGCUCUCCGUCUCACUCGCACGGCGGCGAGCGUGCGUCGCUUGGACAAGCGCUCAAGUCCUUCGUCGGCUCUCUCACGGGGAGGCGUGCUUCUUGAAUACUAUAAUAUAGAAAUUCACAAAACAUAUUGGACCGCCAGCGCAUAGUGCAUGCAGUUUAUCAUUGCGUCAAAUCGCUUAGGUUAGAAUAUAUUAUAAACAUAAUAUUUUAUUUGUAAACUAAAGGGAUUAUAUCAUUAAGAUUUCGAGAAAUUCUACUCUCGUUAUCUUAAUGGACUUAUUAGAACAAAAUACAGAAUAACAAAUAUUAUGUAAGACAUACAAUAGACGAUAAUAAAUAGUUCUUAGUUUAGGUCAUCAAUACCAAUGUUACUUUUUUAUUUGAGUUCAGUUUAAAUUAUUAACUAUGCUUUUUUGACUGAUUUUGUUAAGUAUAAAUAUUUCUCCAAUAUGGUGGUAUUGAAGAAAUGUCGGUCACUGAACUAUUACUAGCUGUCUCUAUUCCAGGUGAACAAUUUUCUAUCCGUCUCGUUCACUCAAUCAAACUAAAGGGAUCGCCUGUUGUAACUAUUUACAUUGGCGUUGUAAGUUCAUUGACCGAAUUUAUUUCUACUGCGCGAUCGCACCUAUACCCAUCCCAUAUUUAUUAUAUUAUUGUGUACCUACUGCCAACAUAUACGGCAAAUUUGCAUUAUAAAUGAAAGCCAUAUUGAAAUUGUGGAUUUUACCAAUUUACAUCUGUUUAAUUAUAUCGCAUUAGUUUUAUAGUUGAACACGAAAAGUACUUACCUGCCUACAUUUCUGAUAAUGAAAUACAAAAAAAAAGGUAAAUUAAAAUGCCUUAUCAUCAAACAGCUACCUUAAGCUUUUUUUUUAUUUUAGUAUAAAAUCUGAUUAAUAGUAAAACACCAGUUACUUUAAUUAAGUCCUUUCGAAAUGUGAAACCUUUUUCAUUAAUAUUAACAUUUACAGAUAUUUCAUUCAAAUCAUUAAUUUCUUAUUUAAUAAUAUACUCAGAUCACCAAAACGGUGUAAACUUAAAACAGUUCUUAAGUUUUAAGCGACUUAAAUAUUUGUUUUGUUUUUUUUUCUAUACCUAAGUAGGUACUUAUUCCAUAUUUUACGCAAUAUCUAAAUAUCAUUCAAUAUUAUAUCAGAGCUUUGAAACAGUUGCUAUUUGGUAAAAUCCCAGGUAAAGUUAACUGCACAAAUCAUUUGUUGCUGUCAAUUUCGUCUUAUUUAUUAUUUUACUUUUGUAAAUCCUUACAUAUAUUUUACUUAAGUAUCUAGGUACUUACAUUAAUAUUUUCGCAAACAAAUAAAACGUUAUUUCAUUGUUCAAUAUCAAAUAUUUACAAAUUAUAGUAGUAAUUGUUACCAUUUUAGAUUUAUAAAGACUAAGCCACUUCAUCAUAGUUAUUUAUGCAACUGUUGUGUGAUAGGGGGUAUUAAAACACGAAUGUGGGUUUAUCACACGAGGCAAAACCGAGUGUGAUAAUAGUAUCACAAGAGUGUUUUAAUACCUAACUAUCAACAGUUGUAUACAAGACUUUAUCUACACCCAUAAUAUAAAAGAUUCUGAAACAGUUAGCUUACUGCAUUUACAUUAAAAAAGUCCUAGUAACCAUUACAUCAUCCAAACGAGUGUUGUAAUGUUGUACUGAAUUUCAUUACAACACUCGUUUGGAUGAUGUAAUGGUUAUUAGGUUACAUUGGGUGUUUUAAUGUUGGCAAUAAGCUAACUGUUUUAGAAUCUUUAAUAGAGGAUUUAAAGCAUGGGUGUAGAUAAAAAUAUUAAAAAUGUAUCUAUCUCACACCUAUCGACGUAAGAGUGAGAUAGAAAGAUUAUUAAGCCGUUAAUGAGUGUUUAAAUGGCACUGUUUACUUGUACGGUUUCGUUUAUUGUUACCUUAUGAAUUCCUAGUCGAUAUCAUUUGUAUAGUUACGCCUACUUAAGCAUAGAUUAAGACACGGUUUGACAAGUAUUUAAGUCGGAGUGCUUUGGAAAGUUGAAUGUUUAGUCAUUAGUGAAUAGUCAUUCUGUCAUUUUACUUUAUUGGUGGUAUUUAAGAAUUAUUGGUCUGUAAAUAGUAUUACAUAGUUUAGCGAAUGGAAUGUAUAAUGGUGAAUGACUUAAUUUUAGUCAGUUUUCGAGCACGGUAUGAGUGAAUUACUGAGUGCGGUCGCUUUGCUGUUAUGUAAUAAUUUAACAUUUGUAAAAUUUGUUUAUAUCAGUAUUACUGGCUUCCGAAUUGCCAGCGGUUCCCAAUAUUCAGUCUAUCUCUUACUUGAGAUAAAAAUCGGAACUAUCGUUGACUUUUCUGUCCCAAUAAACUUAUCGACGGUAACUCACUUUAUCCGUGCACGCUGUCUGUCAAUGGGACGACGUACAGCUUACCAGCGAUAUAAAGUUUGUAUGGAAAUAGCAAUUCACGCGUCCCAAUAUAAGGCGAUAAGAAUGACUUAUCGGGUAUAUUGGGAAAGCUUCAGAUUAUUGUCAGCUAAUUACUGACAGUAGAAGGUAGUAAUUUAUCUCUAUCUGUACAUAGUAUAUUGGGAACGGCCGUUUUAUAAAUUCGUCUUUUGUUUAAAUUUAUAAUGUGUCGAAAAUUGGUAUAUAAGAAGGAGUAUUUGGUACGUAUGUCAGCUUAAAAAUAUUGACGUCAGAAUUGAUGAAGGAUUAUUAAAUAACGGCUUAGUAAUGUUAUAUCGGUUUUCGGAAUCAAAUCUAGAGUUGGUCGUAGGCUAUUAUGAUAAUAAUAAAUAGAUAAAUAAAGAGUUUAUUUUUGCUUAAGCUUGUACAUUAUAAAGUAUAUUGGAUUGCAUACGUAAAGUAAAUAUUUUUUGUAUGUUGUCUCAAUUGGUAUUGAUAUAUGCAUAUAUUUACUAUGCUAGCAUAUUGAAUAGCUUUCAAAAGGAAUUUAUAUUUAUUUUUACCCAUUUUUGCUGAAAAGCCAUUAUGCCUCAUUCCCAAGGGUUUCGAAACCAUUGAGCUUUGGAUUAAAAUGCCUAUAUUUUUAAUUAAAACCCUAGUGUAUUCCGCAAAUAUUUUAUGUAAUAAUUUAAGGGAGGUCGUACACUGUGCCUGCUGAAUUUAAUAAUUUUUACUUCUUAACCAUUCUCAAUGUACAGACUCCUUCAUUUGAUUAAAAGGAAAGAUUCAAACUUUACAAAUUCACAGUGGAAUCAUGCUUUCCUGACUACCUGUGUAGCACACAGUGUACGAUUUUUCUAAAGUUAUGAAUGUAACUUAGGGUAGACCCCUUAUUUUAGUCAAGUUGGCUUAUGUAAACCAAUUAAAAUGUACCUUGCAUUAUUCACUGUAUAUAAAUUCCACUAAGCGGGACCCUAAAUAUAAAUCCAGAUACAACAAGAUGUAUAAAGAGUAUUGCUUUUAUUACUCGCUCUUUUCAUAUUUACACAUAGCCUUCUUACCAUUAUAGCGCGAAAAUGAAUGACGAUUGCGCACAACUUUAUCUAUCAACGGAUAUCAUCAAAAAUGUUCGCUUAAAAUAAGUUCAAUUUAAGUUUUAUGUGUUUUCCAGAACGAAUGUUUAGCUUUAUUACUUAUUGUGAACGAUCUAGUCCAAAAUUUCUGUGACACUUAUUGUAUAUUUUGAUGAGAUAGAAGAUUUGCUUUACCAUAUUUUCAUGCUGUGACAAAAGUUGGCAAGAGAAAUAUUUAAUACAACUUAACGGGCGGGUACCGAAAGCAAUCUCUUAGGAAUUGCUGCUACAAUUAAUAUAAGUGUCUAUAUAAAUAAAGUGAGAAAGCUUGACCUUUUUUUAAUUGCUUUAAUUGUAUUCUGAUGUGUGAUUUCCGAUAGGCCGUAGGUUUCAGAGUGUUUAAGUAGAAAGAUCAUUUCCGCACUAUUUAUUGCAGUUCCCAAAAAUUUAUGUAUAAUUAAGGACUAAAGUUAAUAUCACUGUCGUCCUCAAAGUUGUAUUGCAGGCAGUUGAUUUAAGCAGUGUACCACAUUUGUUGCACUAAACAAAUUUAGUGAAACAAAUUUUUGCAUUGCUUCGAAGAAAGACGCCGCAAUUUUAGCACUACACAGUAAGUAACCCAGCAACAGAUUUGUCUUGCUGGCGUGAAAAGGCUUUUAUUUAAGCCUACCUAAAUAGGUACCACAAGUUCGUGUAUUUCAUAAAAUACGAAAUCGCAUAUAAACGACAGAAAAUGAGUAUGUAAGUAGUAUAUUACAUUAUUGACACUUAAAUUAUUGGGAAAUGCUCUUAGUUCGAAGACACUAGAUACUUUAAGCAUUGUGUGAAUCUGGUAAAUAAUUGUGCGUUUCAGCCAUUGCAUUGUCCACAGCUUCUAUUGCUUUAUGGCAAAUGGCAACUGCAAUUGUUGACUUUGUAUUAUAUCGCAGCAUUGCAAUCGGUAACCAAUAAUGCUCAAAGUAUUGAGUGUGCUACGCCCUUUAGAAUAAGAUAUACACUUAUCACAAGCUUCAAAGUAUAAUCAAGUAUUAAAAUUGAAUGUUGCUCGUUAUACUUCAUAUAAAAUGAGCUGUUAUUAAUACGUAAAAUAGUUAAAUCACGUUGUAAUAUUAAGAUUAUUUUAAAUGUGUCAUGGCUCUUUCAGUGCCGUUUCUGACGUUUCCAAACUUUUUACACAAGUAAUAAUACUCUAUUAUUGUAAACAUUUAUUACUUUUGUGUAAAUAGUGUUUGAUAUAAUACAAGAUGUUUUACAGUGCACAUGUUCGUUAUUAGUAUUGUUAUCUAAUAGUAUGCAUACAUAUACAACAUUCGUAAAACAUUUUUAAUGAAUACUUAUGUCCUGAGAAAUUUAUAUGUAAGUGCAGUGAUCGUAUAUAAAAUAUAAUAUAUUUCCUGGGUGGUGUUAAUAAUGCGUUUGUUGUAACUGUGCACUGUUAAAAUAUUAUGUAAGAUCAUAUACAUAUUCGUGAUGGUAUUCGUAACGGCCGUGAUCAUAAACGCUAAAUUACUUAAGAUGUAGACGGUCUGAGUUCAAUCUAAAUAAAUAUUCACUAUAGGCCUUUAUUUUUAUUUUAUGAUAUCAAUUUUAAUUACUAAUCAUAUUUAAAACGUAUCCCACUAUUUCAAUCUUGAUGUGUGUAAGCGUUACAAGUGUGGCAUCGGGCAUUGUAAAAUGUACAAUGUACUGUACUAGUGUGCGACGCUGUUUAUUUUUGAAUCGUACUUAGUUGCAGAUAAUACUUUAUCCAGUAUGUAUAUUUCAGUAAUCUUACCUUAGAAUGAUAGAGUAGUCGCUGUGUAUCUAAUACAAGCUUACAAAAUGAAUAGACAAUUAUUUUAGAUAUCUCAAAUAAUAUUUGAAACAGAGCAACUAAAUUUCGGACGGUCACACGUGCUUACCACACAGACAAAAUAUUAUAUCAGUUGCUUGAGGUCAGCAGGUAGUCGUUAGUUUGCAAACGGUACUUUUGAUUGGUGAUUUUUAAGCUGUUUGCCAGGACCCAACAUAUGAUUUUAAAAAAAAUCAGAUUGGUACGUUGCAAUGAUCGAACCGCCGAACGCCGCAACGGGUUAAAGUCAACUUUUUUCCACAAUAAAAAUUAAAAUACACGUUUGAAGUCAAAGAAGAUCACUCGUCAUAAUCAAUUUCAUCGUAAAUACUGUUUUAUGUAGUUGGAAACACUCGAUGUCAUCCAUUUCAAUACAAUAUUAGCGAGACGACAUCAAUAAAUUUUUAGAAGAAAUUCAAUUUUAUUGAAAACGUUUUUGAUUAGUUAUCUUUCAUAGUAUAGUAUAUUAGAAAUAGCAUAAAAAAUAAUCAUACAAGAAUCAAUUUUGAGAAAAUAAAUGCUUUUUAUUGACAAUAUCGAUAUCUGUUAGUUCCACAAUAAUAUUUCAUUAAUUUCUUCUACAAAGUCACAUUGCAUUUGUGCUUCUACUAAAGAAAUGGCAUUAUUAUUGUAAAUGUGUGUAUACAUACCUACUUGUUGAAUUUUAUCAGAACAGUCCACAUCCCGUUAAUUUCUUUAUGAUCAUGGCCACAUAUCACGACUGUUAUCAAAACUUAUAUAAUAUAUAGUACGUACCUAUACACAACUAGUUGCAUUAUUCAGGUAUACCUAAUUAUAUCCACUUGUACGGCCAGGGAAGCUAUCCGUAGUAUUAUAGUGAAAUGCCGCAUUAUAGAAUCUAUAUGAAGAUGUUAUCCAAUUAUGUAUUGGUAAACGUAGCAUGCACAGAUCUCAAAACAUAUUUUUUUUGAGAACGUUCUAAAUAAGUAAUACCUAUCUCAUAAAAUUGCUUCUUAUGUAUUCAACAAAUUUGUUUUUUUUUUGCACGAAGUUAUAACUAUUUACUUGGCUGUAUUAUGUUAAGCCAUUGCCUUCUCCGCCUUGAAAGAUGUAAAGCGGACAACUAAUACCAUAGAAAUCGUGUGUGUUUUGAAUUAAGCUGUUUUAGUGAGGCAAUCAAUCAUCAAUUUAUUGGCGCUGUUGUGGCGGAAGUGCAACUGAAAAAGGGAUAGGUGCAAAAAGGUCGGAAUUAUGCUUCAUUUAUUGCGAGUUACGGGCGAAGACGUUGAUUGAAUUUAUUAGCUUAUUAUGUUCAACAGGUUAUUUCGUUGAAGAAAAACAGUUAAUUCGUUAACGAAUACAAAACUGUUAAUAAAAACAUUGUUUAGAUUAAAACCUUAUGAGUAAAUUGUUAAUACGCUAUUAAUUAUUAAUACUUUUAACAAAAAUGCUUCGGAUAGCUUUCUAUGGUGGUGCGCGGGUAAAGCUUGACUGCCUUUGGUGAUGUUUACGAGAUAUUUUCUAUAAAAUAUAAUAUGUAUAUGUAGUUAUAGAUAGCUUUAACUCCACUUUCAGAGCUCACUGUUUUAAACGAUGGAUAUAACAGCCGUCAUCGCUUUGACAGCUUAAAAGCCUUAACUUGUGGCUUUUAAUGAAUAAUUUUGUGAAAUUAAUAAAAAAAUAUACAUAAAUUCA